UGGCAAUGGUUUUAUGGAUGCUGCACUAUGGGCGAUCUGCAGAUAAGGAGACAGUGGGAUUAGGUAGGAUAAGGGGAUCAAUAUAAAAGCAGAAUCCUUACAGAAUGAACAAGAGUCUAGCAGCCAGGGUACUCAGCUUGUCAAGAGACGUGAUGUUUGCUCCUGUGUUAGUGGCUGGUGUUCUAGGCCUUCUGGUUGGAUCAGCUGUACCUAUGUGUGUCCCGACAGAAUACACUCUCUAUGUUGAGAAGCAAGAAUGUGAUUAUUGUGUGGCCAUCAACACCACAAUAUGCAUGGGCUUCUGUUUUUCAAGGGACAGUAAUGUGAAGGAACUGGUGGGACCUCGUUUUCUAAUCCAAAGGAGCUGCACCUAUCAGGACGUGGAGUAUCGUACAACAGUUUUGCCUGGCUGUGCCUUUCAUGCUGAUUCUUACUUCACUUAUCCAAUCGCUCUCAGCUGCCAUUGCAGCAUGUGUAACACACGCAGUGAUGAGUGUGCCCACAAAACCAGAUUCAGUUCAGCCAAAUGCUCUAAACCAGUCCGACAUUUGUAUCCCUAUUCUGGGCAGAGUGACUACAUCUAAUCCAGAUUCAGUGAAACUUUUGAUAUCAGCUUUAUUUCAGUGUCAUAUUGGACACUUGAAGAUUUUGUUUUGACCUGAUCUGUACAUAUCAUAAAAACUACACAUGUAAUAAAAAACCUGUCUGCAGCGGAA